AUGAGCACGUUGUCGAAUCGACAACGAUUUAAUCAGAUCCAACCUCCACAAAAACUGUAUGAAAAGCUGGAACGACUAGGGUUUGGAUCCCUGCGACAGACGAAACGGUACGCGUGGAAAAGAAAUAACAAAACUGCACCUGCUGCUGCUGCUGCUGCUCAGUCAGCACCCAAAGAGCUGGAAUACAAGUUUCCAUUACUUUCCUUUUUCGCAGGCGCUAAAACACCGGCAUCAUUCCCGCCUGAGGAUCUGGGAGAAGUAGCCGUGGUAGGCCGAUCCAAUGUUGGCAAAUCCACUUUACUCAACAGUCUGGCAGCAACAACUGUUGUUCGUGUCUCGGAUAAGCCUGGUUUGACGCAACAAUUGAACUUCUUCUCGGUGGGCAAGCUGUUUUAUAUGGUGGACAUGCCAGGCUAUGGUUUUGCAUUGGUGGAUGAACAAGAACGUCAGCAAUGGCGACAGCUAAUGGAAUCCUACAUAGCAAGUCGAAAGACAUUAAAGAGGGUUUACUUAGUGAUCGAUGCGCGUCAUGGUCUCAAAGUUGCAGAUCUUGACUUUUUACAAAUGCUUGACAGCAAAAAGGUCAAAUUUCAGAUUGUCAUGACCAAAAGUGAUAUACCCGUAUUACCCACACUUGCUCGACGCAUCAUCACUGUUCAAGAAGGUAUCCGAGGCUUCCGUAAUGCUGUACAAGAUGUACUAGUUGUGAGCUCAAAGAGUGGAGCCGGUAUCAAUCAAAUGAGAAAAGAAAUGUUGUUUUUAAUGGGUCAUUUACGAAAUCGAAAAGAGUCUAAUCAAACAAAGUAA